AUCUUUUAUUUGUUUAGUGAUCCCUGUGGUGGAAAGCUUGUUGUUAACAUUUGAUUGGCGACGUCUUAAUGAUAUAACUUGGUUUCGAAAAUGUUGGUAUCACAAUGGCUUGAUGGAAGCAUUAUUUACAGGACACAAACCAAGUGAUGAUGGUCAACAAGUUGAUGUGCACAGAAGUUUUGAUUUACCUUUGGAAAGAAAUGACUCAAGUGAAGAUCUUGAUUUAUUAUAUAAUACAAGUGAUACAGUUACAGCUGAAAUUGUUUUUGCAGUGUCAAUUGUGGACUUAAGAAUAUAUGCCAAUAUGGCACAGUUCAUGGGAAAUGCUCACAUACUGUUUUCACAUGUACAUGGAAUUGGUCAUGCUGAUGUUCACCAAAAUAAACUUAUUUUGUUGAUGUGCAAUGGCGGAAUUGAAGAAAUUGAUUUUACAGCUGAGGGAGGAGUUGUUGCUGGUGAUUUAACAAUGAAAAUGUUACAGCUAAAUGUACUGGUGUCUAGUCAAGAAGACACUGUUCCAGAGCAUAAUAUUCUUAUCAAUCUGGGUGUCCUUCAGGGUCACAUAGACUACAUGAGUGCACACAUAUUGCUAUUAAGAAUUGUUGACAUUUGUGCUGAAGCUUGUGAUGUAUGGAAUGAUGUUUCUCAAAGUGAUGUUGCUCAGCAGUCUUCUGUGGGCAUUCAAAUUAGUGCUAAGUUAAAAUGGACUGCUUUUCAAUUAGCAAUGCAUCGUUCAACUGCUGCAGCUGCUUUUGGUAUUGCUCAAAGAAUGUAUGAUUUUGUUAUGCAGCAAAAAAAGAGGAGUGAGAGAACGAUUGGAUUGAUGCUUCCUCCUGGAACUGCAGCAUCAACUGCCUUUGCAGCUUAUCAGGAAGAUCAAAAGCGUGCUGAAAAAAGUAACAUAGAUAGCCCAUUUAUGGAAUACCAUCACUGGAUGUGGGCUGUCAAGUUUGGAAAUACUGCAUUUUUGAAGGGGUUAACAAAUUUGGACAGUCAUGAUUGUAAUGUAUCAUUAGGAGGCAAGAUUGACAUUAGUGGAGACAACUUUUGUCUUGUAUGUUUUCACGGUACUUCAUUUCGUGAAACUGAGUGGGCAACAUUAAACAUCAACUUUCUUGGUGGCCAAUUUUCUACUAUAGCUAUUCCUGGCUUAGGAGAGCUAAAUGAAGUACGCAAAUCUGAUGUUUUGGCACGAAUAUGCAGUCAAUCAUGCAAAAUAUUCCUUGGCCAAAAUAUCUCAACAAAAUCUGAAUUGGCUGCAAUAUAUCGUGUUUCAGUUGGUCGUGGUGGAAUUCCUCCUAUAUCUCAUAAAGAAAUUGCAGAGUGGUUACAUUUUGCUUGCAUACAUCAUUAUAUACAUUCAAGUAAAGAUACUUCAGGACAUGGAAAACUGUUUCUAAAGCAGAGCCAAAAACUUACUAUACAACAGGUUAUUGGAUUUCCAGCCUUAAAUGUGACUAUGAUAAAUGAUCAUUUCUGGCCUUCGUUAGACACUUUGUUAAAGUGUGUAAACUCUGUUGAAAAACCUUUGUGUACUGUAGAGUGCAGUGUCUUUUCAUCAUUUUCUGAGAGCAUUGCUGUGACAACUGCAGUAGAAAAUUACUUGUUUCUUCAUGACCUAUUCAAAGGUUACGUUGAUCAUUUGGAGGAGCAAAAGAUUUCAUUUCGACCUCCAUUUUGUGGCACUCAAAUUCAAGGGAGGGAACUAUCUAAUGAGAACAUGAGAAAUUUUGUAAGUAUUCGCUGGGAUGUAGAGCCACAUAUUUUAUUAAUGGGCAAAUCUACUUGGGCAAGUGGUCAAAUUAAUCCUCACAUUAGCUGGUUGUUGGAAAAACUUGGUUUGGAUCAUGCUCGGACUACAAUACCAAAAUAUGUUCAACGAGGUUUAAUGGAUCCCAUUGAUUUAGCUGUUGCAACUACUCUGGAACUGCUACUAACAAUGUCACAACAAAAACAGUAUUAACUCCUUUUUAAAAAUGCAAUUGUGGGAUUUCUUACUAUUUUAAUUAAGGGACUUGUCUGCAAUUAACUGACAUGCAUCAUUUUUGCGUUUAAAAGUUUUACUUUGCUAUAGUUUGCAUUUGGUGUAUUGUUUUUAUUGAACCGG